CCGUGACCCUUGAUUACAUUAAAUGGGUAUGAGAUGAGUAAUUUGUCGACCACCGUACGGAUUUGUACACGAAUUGCUUGUUAAGUCCCCCCAUCGGUAAGACUUGUAAACAUCUGGCAGCGGGCGGCCCCAUCUCAACAGGCGGGUGUCGUGCUGCGCGAACGGCGAAAGAGGAAGUGGCGGUGGCGGCGGUGAUGGUGAUGUGUGCAGGACGGGCAGCUGCCGGACGGGUGACUUCAGUCUGCCAGUGCAGCUUGUGGACCGAGCAUGCCGACGCGGUGGCUCCAUGACUGGCUGGGGGCGGACUGCACGUCACUCCUUGUCGGAGCCGCCGUCUUCUUCGUGGUGUACGUGACGCUGCGUGCCUGCAGGAGCCGCGGUGCCAUCGGGCCGCUCCCGCCGGGGCCCAGGCCGUGGCCGUUGGUGGGCAACUUCGGCGUUUAUCUCCUCCCUGCAUGGCUCCUGAGAAGACGCCACGGUCGCGGCAGCCUUUCUCCCCACCUCUUGCUGACGCGACUGGCGGAUCAAUACGGGGACGUGUACAGCAUUUACAUCGGCAGCCAGCUCAUCGUGGUCCUCAACGGCUGCAACGUCGUCCGGGAGGCGCUGCUCAACUUCGCCGAGGUGUUCUCAGACCGUCCGGACGUGCCGUCCGUCACCCUCAUCACGAAGAGAAAGGGUAUUGUAUUUGCACCCUAUGGACAAGUAUGGAAGCAGCAGCGAAAAUUCUCUCAUGCCACUCUACGCUUCUUUGGUCUGGGAAAGCUCAGCCUGGAGCCCUGCAUCCUGGAAGAGCUCACGCUCAUCAAAAGGGAAAUCGCAGAGUUCAGCAGAUAUGAAGAAACCUUCAACCCGGCGCCCCUCAUCAAUAACGCAGUUUCCAAUAUCAUUUGCUCCAUGAGCUUUGGCCGACGCUUUGACUACAAGGAUGAGGAGUUCAAAAUGCUGCUCAACCGCAUGUCCAGAAGCUUGGAGAUCUCGGUGAACAGUCAAGCUAUCCUGAUCAACAUCUGCCCCUGGCUCUACUACUUGCCCUUUGGUCCCUUCUGGGAACUCCGAAAGGCUGAGUUGGAUAUCACCGCUUUUUUAAAACGCAUUAUUGCUCAGCACAGGGAGAGUCUUGACCCUUCCAAUCCCCGCGAUUUCAUCGACAUGUAUCUCUUGGAAAUUUCUCAACAGCAGCAGCAGACGCAGAAAGAAAACGAAGACAGCACGUUCACCGAGGAUUAUCUGUUUUACAUCAUCGGUGACCUGUUCGUUGCCGGCACAGACACCACCACCAACACCAUCCUGUGGUGCUUACUCUACAUGUCUCUCUACCCGGACGUGCAAGAUAAAGUUCACGCUGAGAUUGAAGCAGUUGUAGGAAAAGACCGGGCACCUUCGCUGAUGGACAAGCCCCACAUGCCUUUUACUGAAGCCACCAUCAUGGAGGUCCAGAGAAUGGCAGUAGUCGUGCCCCUGGCAAUUCCACACAUGGCAUCGGUGAAUACCUCGUUUAGGGGCUUUGGCAUUCCCCAAGGCACAGUUAUACUGGCAAACCUGUGGUCCGUUCACCGAGACCCUCGAGUCUGGGACAAGCCAGAUGAGUUUAACCCUUCCAGGUUUUUGGAUGAACACGGCCAGAUUCUGAAGAAGGACUGCUUCUUUCCUUUUGGGUUAGGCAGAAGGACUUGCAUGGGAAAGCAGCUUGCCAAAAUGGAGGUCUUCUUGAUGUUUUCCAACCUGAUGCAGGCUUUUCGUUUCCAUCUCCCAGAAGGAAUAAGGGCGCCACCACUGAGCGGCCGAUUUGGACUGACUUUGGCCCCUCACAGUUACAACCUCUGUGCCGUGUCUCGAUGAACUCCAAAGUGGCAAUGCAGGUUCAGUCUGAGGGUGCGCCGUGUUGCACUUUGGGUUUCCUUGCUGGAGGGUCUCGCCUGUGUGGCAUAGGUGACAUCCCCUCGACUGGCAACCAUCGAGUCCGAGUGCCUUACCUGUUUGGCGCACUGUCGACGUUUUCUGUCUCAUUCGCUUUGUGGUUGCGGUAAGACACGGCUGUGAAUCCUAAAAGCAGUGACAUUACUUCUCAAGGAAAUAAUCGUCAUCUAUGUGUUUAUCUUUUUUUAGAAUUUUGAAAAUAUUUCGAAAGCUCAGGCUGGGAGCAUCGCUACUAUUUGAAUUGGUAUCUUUCAUACAUUUUUUAUUCUUGUAGCCUAAAUGAGUUCUGGCUGAUUGUGGGGUUUUGAAACUCACUUACUGUAUAUUUGUUAACAUUUUGCAGCUGUGCCAUUUUUGGGAUUCUAUCACCGUGAUGAGGAUCCUGACUGCUGGAGGUUGAGGGGUCGAUUGGUGAGACGUUAAGAGGUUGUCUCGAUUUUCUCAUUUUGUAUCCCAAGUUUGCAGAUUACAAACCAACCUUCUUUUCUCAUGACUUUCAGGACUUUUUAUUUUUGAUUUCCUGGUUAUCAAAUCUUUUGCUUUUGUCCCCAGACGUUUGAUUUCUGUUCUCGUUGUGGUUUUGUUGAUAGAUCUAGUGACUCUUGGUUUUGACCUCAGCUAGCUUUUUGACUUUGUGUAUCUCUUAGUCCUUUCAAUUAAAAUGACCCUGUCUCUCUCUUUAAGCCAGUAGAAUAAAAGCAGCUGCUUUACUUCA